AUGGGGGGCAAAGAAACGACUACCUCAGACACACUCAUACCACCAGUAAGUUCGGGAGCGCAAGGAAACCAGCCGUCAAGUCCACCUCAGCGCUAUACGAUUGACGAUUGCAUAAACGACAUGAAACACCGCCACACGUUGACUUUGCCUGAUAUCAAUGACGCCGAAGGUGAUACCUGGGUGUUCAUCGACCCUCCCUCAAGGCAGCCCGAACAAACUGAAGCAGACCUCGAGCGCUACGCGAUCCAUCUUGCUAAACCUUUUCUGAUGAAGAGCGAGAAACUCAUCCACGCAUCGCCAAUGUUCAAGGAAAUGCUAGGAUCUACCAGGCAGUUUCGUACUAUCCGGCGGCGUGGGCUCGUCAACAAGCUGCCCAAUUUUGUGAAGUUCGUCUUAGAUCUCACCCCACCAGCUGAAGGUGAAGACGCCGUUUAUCUCACGGCUAGCUUAUGUUGUUCUGAAGGCAUCAGGUUCUGGUACCAAGCUUCAGAGAUUUGGAAUGUCUCAGAUUCAAUGGUAGGCGGUAAAGACGAAUAUUCUGCUACUCGAGCCAUCGAAUCUCCCUCUAGUGGUUCUCCACUUGAGUACUCACCCAUUCGGCAUCGAUCCGCAAUAGAACGUGUGCUGGCAGCUAUUCAAGGGGUAAAUUACCAUUUAGACUCUGCCGUCAAAGUCUGGACGACCAUCAUUGUUGCCGACUACUUUGGAAUCACAAGUCGUACGUGCACGGACCUCACAGACUCGAUUGUAACUUGGUUGCGUGCUGAACCGAAUUCACAUUUCAUUGAAGUAAAUCCUGAGGCAACUUUGCGCAUCGCCACCGCGAUACAAAACGAAGAUCUUGCGCGCGAUGCUUUCGCCAUUCUAGUAGGGGAAGAGGCCCUAGAUUCUAUAGCUAGACGGCAUGAAAGACAACACACUACAUUUGGCCGCAGGAAAGAUGAGUUGCCAGAGAUGUGGCUUCAACCUAUUGAAUAUGCUAGCAAGUCUUUGGUUGAACGGACUGCACACGACUUUGAAAAAUUACGACUGCAAGAAAAUUCGGUUUGGUUCGAUGACCUCCCUUCAAUCAAACGUCUCAAUAACUUUGCCGAUCCUGAGCUUCAGAGACUUGCGAUUGAACUCAAAGAUAGGCUCAAGGAACGAGUGACAAUGCAAAUUGAUGACGGCCUGACUGCGCCACUUACAGCUGCAGAGACAGGAUUUGUGCCCAGGAAGGGCGUGCACAUACUACCUCGCCAGACAUCAUUGAAAGUUGUGAGCGGCCUUAGACAUCAGGAACGUAUCCUUUCUCGUGACUUCUGGAACAGGCUACGGGAUGAGACAAGAAUAACGUCAACGGGCUAUGUUACUCCCUACAGGCCUUACCUUCAAGGGGCAGGUGCUAAUGAAAGAGCGGCGAGCGAUGCCGAAUCUCGGAGGAUGUUGAUGAGCAUGGUGAAGGUAAUCGUGAGAAAUGGGCAAGACCAUCUUGAAUAUCUGCACAGGCUUCAUUCUUUUGUGCAAGGCGAUGGAGCAACGACCACGAGUGGCAGCGAUGAGAGAAAUGCGGACGAUGACAAAGACAUGAUGGAUGAAAUGGUCGAAUUAUACCCAUUGCUUGGAAACGACCUUCCAAACAGAGACACAAAGCCAAACUUCAGGGGAAUUGAAGAAGCGGAAAGGCCAUCACAUCUCGAGGUCCCUUGGAUCAAGACACUCGAAUAUGGAUCUCAUCCACUAGAGUCGCCUGUUGCAAUUUCGAACCUCAAAAUACAAACCCCAGCAUGGGACAUUGACGAACGCAAAGACCUGAAAGACUUGAACGGAGAAUUCCGAAGUCCAACAUUUUUCGACCUCGAAACCUUUGCAUUCGAGGUUUCAUUGCACUUGAUUUCUGUCGCUGAAGGAAAAUUAGCCCUGGCUGAUAUUACGACUCGUCGUUUCCCGUACCUCCCUGAAUUAAUCGGCACGCUCACAAGCCUGAGUGAUAGUGAAUGGAGAUACUUGCCCAUGUGGGCUGGUGGCUUUGACGAUGGCACUGGUGCGGUCUUCUCAGACGAUCCCACGGAAGCAAUUCCCGAUGCGGCAUUCUCUACUCCCGGACCAUCUGUGCAUACAGGAGAUAGUACUUACUCAGCAAGUAGCUUUGGUGACUUCGACAUAUUGAGUGAGGCAGGCUCUAGCAAGUCAUUCAACACUUCUACGGCUGUAGGUGACGGACACACAGAUCAACUAUUCAGACACAAGACGUAUGCUGUCAGCAGUAUGUCAUCUGGUACUGACAACAAUUCAAUUGUCGACAUAGCAGAAGAAGAUGAGGAGACGAAGGCCAUACGUGAGGUCAAGGCGAUGGAAGCAAUGGAGGCCCUCGAAGCAGAAUCAAGAGAAACGGAACAUCGGCAGCAUGCAGAAACGACAAGGGAAAUAAGCUACGACGAUAUGUUUUUCUGCGAAGGGGAUGAUCAGGAGCUGGAGGACGAUUCUGAUAGCGAUACUACUGAGCGAGGGGAUGAUUUCGACGACCUGGGUGACUAUUCCAAUACUUUCGAUCUAGCGCUUCGGACGAUGAAAACCUAA